AUGGAGCCGCCCGCGGCUCCGCCUGCUCGCGCUCAGGCCGAUGCCCUGACUUCGGAAGAUUCCCGUUCGACUCGCCCUGUAGCUGCAGCCCGUGCGGAGGACCUCAGAGGCCCACACGGCUGUCUUACCCCCUGGAUUCGGUUGUCUCCACCGCUGCUUGCUGGGCACAAGCAUUCGGAGUCGGUGCUACAGCAAUUCUAUAACCGCUUACCCGUGAGGAAAAGAUUUCUCAAAGCCAUCCGCAAAGGCACCCUGAUCUGGGACAAGGGCCAAGUGAAGAUUCCGCCGAUUGCAAUGCAGGGCUACGGCUUGCCAAACAAGCUGGUUUUACCGCAUCAGCAGGAAUUCAACAACAAACUGCCCAAGUUCAAAGGGAAGAUUAACCAUCUGAAGGCGCCCCGCAUUUGGUUUCAGGAUUAG